UAGUGUCGGACAGAGUUGAGGUAUUUGUGUUGUCGAAGAAGAGGAAGGGAAACCGGUGAGGGGGGGAUCGGCAACAGAGCAGAGUGAGAGCAAACUGGGGGCAUCCAAUAUGGCAUCGGGCGAUACGCUCUAUAUUGAAACUGACGGCUCGGAGAUGCCAGCCGAGAUUGUCGAACUUCAUGAAAUAGAAGUGGAGACUAUUCCCGUUGAGACUAUUGAGACCACAGUGGUCGGGGGUGAUGAUGAUGACGACGAGCACCACCAGCCCAUGUUAGCACUACAGCCACUAGUGACAGACGAUCCGAACCAGGUUCACCACCACCAAGAGGUGAUAUUGGUGCAGACCCGUGAAGAAGUGGUUGGGGGGGACGACUCCGACCUUCGUGCAGACGAUGGUUUCGAAGACCAAAUCCUCAUACCUGUCCCUGCCCCUGCCGCAGAGGAGGAAUAUAUCGAACAAACUUUGGUGACAGUGGCAGGGAAGAGCUCUUCGGCUGGACGAACGAAGAAAGGGGGAGGUGGCAGUGGGAAGAAAGCGGGUAAAAAAAGCUAUUUAAGUGCAGCGGAUGCCAGCGGUAGAAAAUGGGAACAGAAGCAGGUGCAAAUAAAGACUCUGGAAGGGGAGUUUUCAGUCACAAUGUGGGCUUCUGAUGACAAGAAGGACAUCGACCAUGAAACGGUGGUGGAGGAGCAGAUCAUCGGGGAGAACUCCCCUCCUGAUUACUCAGAGUACAUGACGGGGAAGAAGCUCCCACCCGGAGGCAUUCCAGGGAUAGACCUGUCUGACCCCAAACAGCUGGCUGAGUUCGCCAGGAUGAAACCACGGAAGAUAAAGGAGGACGAUGCCCCCAGGACGAUAGCCUGUCCCCAUAAAGGCUGCACCAAGAUGUUCCGGGAUAACUCUGCAAUGAGAAAGCACUUGCACACGCACGGGCCUCGAGUGCAUGUCUGCGCCGAGUGUGGCAAGGCCUUCGUGGAGAGCUCCAAGCUCAAGCGGCACCAGCUCGUUCACACAGGAGAGAAGCCUUUCCAGUGCACGUUUGAGGGCUGUGGCAAGCGGUUCUCCCUGGACUUUAACUUGCGCACACACGUGCGGAUUCACACGGGAGACCGCCCCUACGUCUGCCCCUUUGAUGGCUGCAAUAAGAAGUUCGCUCAAUCCACUAACCUGAAGUCUCACAUUUUAACGCAUGCUAAAGCCAAAAACAACCAGUGAGCCCUCGCGCCGCUCCCACCCAACCCCUAGCAGCACCAUUUAAUACAGAUGUUGAAAAUAAACAUCAAAUCCCCUUUGUAUAUUGUUUCUAGGACAAAAAGUUUUAAUGAAAAUGACCUCAUGGACUUUUUGAUAAGUGUGGAGAAAUUGUAAGAAUGAAGCUAUGUUUCAUACCAUCAGCUCUUGUAGUCCUAAAAGAACGCGCUGGUGUUCUAUAAAAUCAACUGUUACUAUGAAGUUCUGUUCAGGAAGAUGGACCUCAUGGACUUCAAUGAAAAGACAAUUCUUUGUACAACAACAAUUAAAACAUUUGACUUGUUUUUCACAUCAAAGUAAAAAGGUUUUCACCUGUCUGCAUAGAAAAAUAAUUGCUUUUUAAUUUUGUACUUCUAGUGUGCAUAUUGUACACUUAUUUUGGCAUAAGCUUAGUAAUGCUAUGUGUGAUUUUUUUUUUUCUUGAAGAUUGAAAUCUACUUGUAUAGUUCUUCAUGGAAGAAAAGUGGCAGUUACUGUACUACAUGCUUCAAAAGUAUUUUCAUGUAAAAAGUUUUUUUUUCUUUUGUUUGCUCCCCAAUUAGGUUGUAUUCUUUACCAUUAACUAAUUUUGUAUAAUUGUACGGUACAGUUCUGUUGAAAUCAUGUAGACGUAGAGAUGUGAUUUAAGUAGUGUUAAAAAAAAUUAAAGCAAUUGUCAUCACCAGUUACUUUAUUUUUCAUGAACUGUCCAAUUCAGAAAGAAUUAUUUUUCACUUCAAGCCUGCCUCACACAUGGAAAAAAAAACUGGUUGCAAUGUUAUGUAUUGUACGGGCUUCCCUCCUUGGUUAACCCUUGUUAAUAUGUACAUCACCUGUAUUUCAAGUGGCCAACAAUAAAAUGGUC